AUGAGCAACCUCCUACCGCCUCCAGUCGUACGCAUCGCUUCUGAGCCUCUCCCUCGUCAUCGCUCUCUUUCUCACGCAUACGAGGGACAGAGAAGUCCAGGCGGCUCAGGCGGUCCAUUCGGUGUCCUCCCCGAGACUCUCCAUCCUCCGAUCCCGCCUCCCACGCUACCUUCUCUGCCUGAAUGCCAGACACAGAGUGGUGCAGACAGCUCACGCGGGAUCUCUCAUCUUCCGCCGCCGCCUGGGGUUAUCGGGGUUGUCCUGCCGCCGCCACCGCCGCCUGGCACCGCACACGUCACUUCUGGGGGUUUCCCUCCCUCCCUCCUUACGAAAGAGAGACGAAGAUUUAUAGGCAUUUCGGACGGUCUUCUCCUCCCGCCACCGCCUGGCUUCGUACACGUCGCUCCCGAGCCUGCCCCUCGGCCAAUCUUCCCUCGUCCCUUGCCUUCUCUUCCUGCAUACAACGGACAGCGAGUUCCAGGCGGUCCAGGCGGCGCAGGCUGUCUCCUCGAUCUCGAAUUCUCCUUUCAGUUGCAGAGAUGGAACCUUAGCAACCGCCUUGGGCUGCUGUGGGACUAUCCGCCGAUCCUUGAGCACGAAAGUCUCGAAAGUCUCGAACAUUGGAGACGUCUUGGGAGUCUACAGCUUAACUUGAAUCAAGAUGAUCAGCUCAUCAGCCGCUGCCUUCCGAAUCUAGUCCAGGUCGCAUCGACACAUGCUCUUGUUAAAAUACGCAGCCUUCUGAAUCCAGCGCAGGAUGCAUCAAUCCACACUGAUCAUCAUAUCCCACACGCGGAGUCCUUGAGUGCUGCCGCCGCCCGUUCACGAGAAGCCGUCGACCCCAGCGGCCCAGGCGACGCAGCCGUAGCACCCAUCUCUUUAAUCUCCACCGCACCUCCCUCGCACUCAUUGAGUGCUGUCCUCGCCAGCCGACGAGAAGCUGUCGAUCCAAAUGGCUAUCCCGACUCACCCAUCUCUUCAACAGAAGUCUCCAACACACCUCCCUGGAGCAACGGUCCCCACCCCCAGAGCGAACCCGACCUCCAUCUAGACCGCCACGACAUCUCGCCGAACCUGGCCCCCUCCCACCGUCUCUCCCUUCCCCCAGUCCCCUCCUUCGAAGACUUAUCCACCCUUCCCGCCAUCGUCGCUCAGAAACUCCAGUACUCCGCGCAACUCUCUCUCUCAACCGCAUGCGCCUCGAGCUCCGGUCCGCAAUAUGAGCUCGUCGAGGAGGACUACAUGCCCGGUCGACCAGAGCCGGUGAGUGCGAAGGUAAAUGGUCCGUUCAUGUCCCGGCACACGGCGAAUUUCGAGGCUGCGAAGAUGUUCACGCAUCGGUUUUGGGAGCAGGUUAUGGUGAAGGGGCAGGUGUUUGAGGCGCAUAUUGGGGAGGCGGGGAUCUUGACGAUGGUGAUUAGGUAUGAGGAUGGGCGGGGUAGGAAGGGAGAGACGAGUGUGUUUGUGAGGAGAAAGGGUUGGCCGGGGGCGAUUUCGGGGCCGGCAGGGGUGCCGCAGCCUUGA